AUGGGCGCCAUGCGUAUUGCGCUCAUCGUGCUUCUGGCUACCUUCCAGACAUCUUCAGGCACCAGUCACCGACACCAAGCCAAGUUCUUGGCACGAGAGCCUACUGUAAAGGUCAUUGAUUCGGAUGCAGUCCCGCUAACCAAUGAGCAAAGGCAAGACUCUGUGGUGCGAAUCACCGAUGUCUCAGUGCAGAAGGUCGAUGACCAGACGCCACAGGAGCAAGAUGACAUCAAGAUCGAGGUGAUCGGCAUGCACACCAAGAUGGUGAUCCCCGGAAGUGCUCCUCCGACAAUGCCUCCAGACGCGAAGGAGGCAGAAAAGGCGGCAAUGAAGAUGUUUGAAGACAUGUUUGAGGCCUGGGGUGGAAAAGUCCCAGAGGUGUCCUCUGUGAAGGCCUUGGGCAAGGAAGACCGGGGAAGAUUGGUGCCUUUUGGCCGCCAAGAACCAAAGAUGUGCAUCAGUGUUACUGUGCUAGUACCAGAGUUCACCAUGAAGGACUCUGUCACCAAGAUCAUUGAGGGCCGCAUCUAUAAAGCUGUGGAGGUGGUAGGCAAUGCAACUCAGAAGGCCACAGCCACCGUGGCUGCUACGGCCUCUGCGAAGCAGCAUGCCAUGGUGCAGGCCGAAGCAACUGGGAAGGGCAGUUACAAUGCCACGGCGACGGCCCAUGCGGAGCAUACAGCCUAUGCGGAGGCCACCGAUCAGGUGACGGCCAGCUAUCAGGCCUCCGCAACAGCGCUGGCCGGAUCUCCCGUCAAGGAGAACAGUGACGUUAUCACAAAGGCUCACAUCAAAAUCGAAGCCCAGGCCACUUCUGUGGAGAAGGCCACAGCCAGCGCCACGCGCAGAGCCAACGCCACCAGGUCCGCCUCUGCCACUGUCAACGAAGGUGUUGAUGUGCAGCUGUCUCAGACCGGCACAGGCGAAGGUGAUGCCGAAGUGUCCAAGACCGCCAGUGCCACUGCGGAAGACACGGAGACGGUGACGAAGACCAUGAAGGUUGGUUCUGAAGGUGUGGGCAAGUUGAAGAAGUUUUUCGAGGCCUCAGCCACUGCCCAGUCUUGGGUUGCAUCAAAGGCUUGCAUUUCAGCUCGCAAGGCACGAAGCUUGUUGGAUUCGACUGCCAUGCAGCUGCAUGGAAUUCCCUUCGCACUGGCUGUCUACAACAAGGCCCACGCCGUAGCCUUCGAGAAGGCCAAGGGCAAGGCUGCUGAGAUGGCCCUCAACACUGCCCAGGGGGCAGCAAAGAGACAGGUGGAGAGAGAGCUGAUAGCCCAGAUCCAAAGCUAUGCCAAGGAGCAUUCAGCGGAGCUGAAGGACUUGGCCAUGGAGGAUGCUGUUAAAAGCACCUUGGGUCAAAAGAAACAGCUGGAGGCCAUAGCAACCGCGGGAUGUGAGCCAUGGUCAUCGGCCAGUGGCCAGGAAUGGAGUUGACUUGAGGUUGACUCUCAAAUGCUGUUCUGAUGGAGCCGAAGGGUUCUUGCG